UGCUUAUUCUUAGGGUUUCUUUGUCUUUAGAUCUUCAUUCUUUCAUCGCCCAAAUUUAGGGUUUUCUCCAUAGCAGGUCUGAUCGUACAAGAAGGUUUUGACAUUUGAAUUUUUGGUUAAUUUUGAGGAAAUUUUUUUUGUGGGAGUUGGAGGUUUGGAAGGGAAUUCUGGGAUUUCUUUGUUUUAAUCUGGGGUUUGUGUGAGGUUUGGUGGUUGUGGAAAGGGAAACAAGGGUGUAUUCUGAUGAGUACAAGGACAUCAUGGGCAGAUUUGGCUGCAAAUUCUGCAGCUGAGAAUGUGGAUGGUUCUUCUGCUAGCAAUGGAGCGGUUGGUGCCACCUCAGCUCCUACCCGAGCUGCUUAUGUUCCUCCACAUCUUCGUAAUCGUCAAUCUUCUGACCCCCCUGCUCCAGCUCAGAGUGGACCUGCAACAAGUUAUGACAGAUCUGGGUCUGGUGGAUCGCGAUGGGCUGGUCCUAGGAAUGACUAUAAUCGGUCAGGGUAUGCUGGUGGUGGCCGUGGUGUUGGUGGAUGGGGUGGCAGGGCUCGUGGCAGAGGGGAAGUUAACCCAUUUGGAGAAGAUGAUGGUACAGAACAGGCAUUUAGCGAGCAGGAGACUACUGGGAUAAACUUCGAUGCUUAUGAAGAUAUUCCAGUGGAGACAAGCGGGGAUAAUGUCCCACCACCAGUUAGUAAUUUUGCAGAGAUUGACUUGGCUGAAGGACUUAAUCUAAACAUCCAGAGGUGCAAGUAUGUGAGACCUACACCUGUGCAACGUCAUGCCAUCCCCAUCUCCCUUGCAGGGAGGGAUUUGAUGGCAUGUGCACAGACUGGUUCUGGGAAAACAGCUGCUUUCUGUUUCCCUAUUAUCAGUGGUAUUAUGACGGGUGAGGCUCCACAAAGGCCAUCUCGUGGUGCUCGUGCUGUGUGCCCGCUGGCCCUCAUUCUUUCUCCAACCAGAGAGCUCUCAAUGCAAAUACAUGAGGAAGCCAGGAAGUUCUCUUAUCAAACUGGUGUCAAGGUGGUUGUUGCUUAUGGAGGAGCUCCUAUUAACCAACAGUUGAGGGAGUUGGAGAGGGGUGUUGAUAUUCUUGUUGCAACUCCUGGAAGAUUGGUGGACUUGCUGGAGCGGGCUAGAGUUUCACUACAGAUGAUCAGGUACUUGGCCCUUGAUGAGGCAGAUCGAAUGCUAGAUAUGGGUUUUGAGCCUCAAAUAAGAAAAAUUGUGGAACAAAUGGACAUGCCACCUCCAGGUGCACGGCAGACGAUGCUAUUUAGUGCUACCUUUCCUAAGGAGAUACAGAGACUAGCCUCUGACUUUCUAUCAAAUUAUGUCUUUUUGGCUGUUGGGAGGGUUGGUUCAAGUACUGAUUUGAUUGUCCAAAGAGUAGAAUUAGUUCAUGAAUCAGACAAAAGAAGUCACCUUAUGGACCUUCUUCAUGCACAGAGGGCAAAUGGUGUUCAGGGGAAGCAAGCUCUCACGUUGGUUUUUGUUGAGACCAAAAAAGGAGCAGAUUCACUGGAGCAUUGGUUGUGCAUGAAUGGCUUCCCUGCAACUACCAUUCAUGGAGAUAGAAGCCAGCAGGAAAGAGAGCAAGCACUAAGGUCAUUUAAAAGUGGUGCUACCCCAAUCUUGGUUGCAACUGAUGUGGCAGCUCGUGGUCUUGAUAUCCCCCAUGUGGCACAUGUAGUGAACUUUGACCUUCCAAAUGACAUAGAUGACUAUGUUCAUCGAAUUGGACGAACAGGGCGUGCUGGGAAAACUGGUUUAGCUACUGCCUUCUUCAAUGACAAUAAUUCAUCAUUGGCAAGGCCAUUAUCAGAUCUAAUGCAAGAAGCAAAUCAAGAAGUACCUGCUUGGCUUGCUCGCUUUGCAGCCCGUUCUUCUUUUGGAGGCAGGAAUCGCCGUUCAGGGGGUGGCCGUUUUGGUGGCCGUGAUUUCCGUAGGGAUUCAUCUUUCAAUAGAGGUGGUUCAGAUAAUUACUAUGGCAACAGCAGUGGUGGAUAUGGUGCUUCUGGUGGAUAUGGUGGAGGUGGAGGAUAUGGUCCAGGAGUCACCAGUGCAUGGGAUUAAAAAUCCAUAAUUUAUAGUACUUUGAGUGUCUAAUAUAUUGGAUCUUCCCCCUCUUUUAUAGGUACCUUUUCUUUUUAAAUUUAAUAUGUUGUCGUUUUGCUAGUAAUUUAUACUUUAGUAGAAGAGUUAUCAUUGUUACAAGUGAGGGGAAAGCCGGAAAGCUCAGUUUGGUGUCUGUGUCGCAGGGAAUAGGAGUGUGUAAUGUGUUAGUAGAUGUUGUGGGAUAAACUCUAACCAAUUAGGUAUUACUUCUUACUCUCAUUUUGUGAUCUUUACUCUUUACUGGUGAUUUUGUUGGGGGAUGGGUUGUAGAAUAUGUAUUGGGAGAGAAAGAGAAAGCGUUUCAUAUUAGGCACAUCUUUUUUUUAUCUCACAUAGGCAUAGUCUUUUCAACUCAGGUUGUGGGGGAAAUUUUAUGUAGGCGCUCUGUCUUGCCAUUUUCUUUUUCAAUCUUCCCCUCUGAAAGGAGUUUAAAGUCUUUGGUAAUAUUUCAGUGGAAUAAAUUACCAAGCUUUAUUGGAAAUGGACUGUUAUUUAUCGCUGAACAAAUCUUUCUCAGUUCUUCCCAAUUCCCAUCGUGGGAUAUGCUGGAUCAUUAUUUGUUUACUUGGUGGAAUGUUUCAAGAUCAGCAAUAUUGUCAUGUCGGGCAAUAGAGACUAUAGGGUUUGAUGUUGUCUUAUUAUCAUCUCAUUCCUGCAAUUUGCUGUCAUGCAAGAAAAUGUGCAGAUAAAG